AGUCACCCGCUAGGUGGAGCGAACAUCUCCCAGCACAUCGGCAACCCGCACCACUAUCAUCGGCGAGCAACGAUGUCUCACUCCGUACUCCCCCUCUGCGUCCUGGGACUGCUCGCCCUCAACACCGCCCUCUCCUCCGCCUGCUACAUCCAGAACUGUCCUAGGGGGGGCAAGAGAGCGUUGGCCGAGACUGGACUCAGACAGUGCAUGUCAUGUGGUCCCAGGGACAGGGGGCGCUGCUUUGGUCCCAACAUCUGCUGUGUGGAGGGCUUUGGUUGCUUGCUGGCCUCCCCGGACACAUCUCACUGUGUGGAGGAGAACUACCUGCUCACCCCCUGUCAGACGGGGGGACGGCCCUGUGGCACCCAGGGGGGUCACUGUGCCGCUUCGGGCCUCUGCUGUACCUCAGAGAGCUGUUCAGUAGACUCCUCCUGCCUGGAGGAGGCUGAGGAUGCAGAUCAAACCCAAACCUCUGCAGGGAGCUCGCCUGCAGAGCUGCUGCUGCGCUUACUGCAUGUGGCCACCAGGGGGCAGACUGAGUACUAACGCUGCCUUCCUCAGCGCGAGCACUCGAUUCCACUAAAUGCCUUUUGACCUCACAUACACCACACUCACUUGUAAUAAUGUAUGUCUUUAAAUAGUGGCUUCUCCUUUAACAGACGCCUUACUUCAAAUAAAAGCCUGCUAUUCUUUGCAGUUUUGCAAAUAAACACCUCCAGCUACUAUUUGUGCUAUUUAGGUAUUUAUUAUUAUUAUCACGGGUAUUUAAUAUUGCGCUCACAUUGAUGAGGAACCAAUAACAUGCUAAUUUAAGGUUUCAGGUAGCACUGUAAAUAAAUAAGACAUCAUAUGAUGAGGAAGUUAGACCACCAAGUUGUCAAAAUGUGACUGUAUAGUGACAAACAAAUAAAACAAUACAGAAUAUAAC